ACUCAACGUUGCUUUUCUUAUACUGUUUCGUUGAACAGCUCGCUGGCCACAUUUAACGUUAGCUGUAUAUAUAUAUAUAAAAGAUUUUCCUUUUACCAGCGCUAAUCUACAACUAGUGCGCAGUGCCGCUCCGCAGUGUGUCUGCUGAUACAUACAUCACACACGUGCGCUCCAGCAGCCUCACCAUACAGCUUUAGCGUAGGGGGGCUUUAGAACAACUCGCAGUUCGGCUAGCAGCGGCCUUUUUGCGCAGUCUGCAAAUAGUGCAGCACGGCGUUUCGUUAUUGUUGAGCAGCGCAGCUGUUGUCGGGAAAAUUUCAAUAAAAGAGCUGCCGAAGCCGAUCGGGGCGUAAAUAAAGUGUGGCGUUCUGGCGCACUUUUCGGGCUGCGGUUUAUGAACGGACCCACUCGUGUGGGGUAAAUGAUGUCAUCGAGCGGAGGGAUAUAGUACAAAUGAGACUACACAGGUGGUGAGGGCGACGCGACGUACGGUAGCUUUAGAGGAGCCGGUCCGCAUCAGGUUUUUAUGCUUCGUACCCAUCUAAGGCAGCAAUAGAUUGCAUUUCCUUCUCUUUACGCACAAGCCUUACAAAGCAACAGAAUGGCUGACCAGCUUACUGAAGAGCAGAUUGCCGAGUUCAAGGAGGCAUUUUCGCUCUUCGACAAGGAUGGAGACGGCACCAUAACCACCAAAGAGCUGGGCACUGUGAUGAGGUCACUGGGCCAGAAUCCCACGGAGGCAGAGCUGCAGGAUAUGAUCAACGAGGUGGAUGCAGAUGGCAAUGGAACGAUUGACUUUCCGGAGUUUCUGACCAUGAUGGCCAGGAAGAUGAAAGACACGGACAGCGAAGAGGAGAUCAGAGAGGCCUUCCGGGUGUUUGACAAGGACGGCAACGGCUACAUCAGCGCGGCAGAGCUGCGCCACGUCAUGACCAACCUGGGUGAGAAGUUGACGGACGAGGAGGUGGACGAGAUGAUCCGCGAGGCCGACAUCGACGGGGACGGCCAGGUCAACUACGAAGAGUUUGUGCAGAUGAUGACGGCAAAGUGAACCCUGCACCAGGCCCACGUGACGCCUGUCUCACUUCAGUCACUCUAUUUUAAAAAAGAAAAAACAUAAAAAAUACAAUCCUAAUAAUAACCUUAACAAAUCAACAGAAAAGCUAUAAAAAAAAAAUCUUAAAUGUUAACUCUGUAAAUGUGGUUUCGAAUCCAGUCUACUUCUGAGGCGUCUGUCGACCAAUCGGCUGCGGAACGGCCCCAGUGGGGGUGUGAGGCGACGGAGCUGGGCUGCGUGAGACCCCUCCAACUCUGAGAGAAAAAAAGAAGAAAAAAAAUUAUAUGUGCUAGUAAAAAUCUUGCUCUUGCGGCUGAAUUUUGAAGGAAGGGUAGCGCCAGAGUGUGAAAUGGAGGAUAGGAGACGAUGAACCCCCCCCCCCCACCCACCGCUCAUUGUUGAGGAUUUAAAAAAAAAAAAAAAAAACAGCUUAUUGUUGUCCAUUUGUAACGUUCUUACCUGUGCAGCUUGCAAGAAAAGCAGGGCUGCUUUCACUGAGAAGUUACAAAAACAAAAUUAUGCAUGCAUACAUUUCUUUCUUCUUCCCCUUGAUGGUAUCCCCUGACAGUUGGGCAGUCCUGUGAUUGGACGUCCUGGGCAGUGUACAGUCAGGAGGUUUAAACAUUUAUAUAUAUAUAUUUGUACAAAACGUAUUAUGGAGGGAUGCUAUGUGUGCGAGUCAGCGCUGGGUAGGAACUAGGACUCAGUCCCUCUCCCCCCCACCUCAUAAAAGCUCUUCAGCAAUGUGUGGAAUAAACAGGAGAGUAAUUUCUGCAAGUUUAACUUAAUUUUUACCUGUUCUGUUUAGUUGCACUAUCACUACCAUCUGACGUCAACGCAGCCCCACGCUUGGGUAGAGCAGUGUGCCCGUGUGUUGUUGGUGUAAAACUUAAGACGACAUGGAUAACGGCAACAUCGCAUUCAGUUUAGAGCACAUUGCUGUAAAUAUCUAAACAUACAGAUAAAUAUCAGUACAACUGUAAAUGUUAUGCUUUUUAAGUGUGUAAUGGUCAAUAUUAAGUGUGUCGUAAACUUUGCAUCGCCUAAUCUAAAUAUUAGUAUGGCCUGUGAAUUCUGUUUAGUUUCUCUUGGUUUUGAAUUGUGCCAUAAUGUUGCCUCAGUUCGUUUAUUUUUUUGCGAGAAGACUUUUAGAAAACAUAGUAGUUAAAUAUUUGCACUUUUGUGUACAAUGACUUCAAAUCUGUUCUUAUUGAGGAGGGAAGAAAAACCAAAUUUUGCUGCUGUUGCUGCUGCUACAAACUGUCUCUUCCUCUCGUGGUCCCAGACCCCCACGCCGUAGCGAUACUGGACUUGUUCCAUGCUCUGCUUUGCUGUACCACUAAACCGUACUGUUGAGGUUUGUUUUUUUUAUUUUUAUUUAUUUUUUGUUUUGGGAAGGGGUUUGGAUGAGAGAGCCGGCAAACGGAUGUUGCACAUUUUGAACUUGUCAGCGUUUAAGCUUGCAAAGGCGGGGAGACGUGCUGUGUUUGGAGAGAUGAUGAUGAUGAUGAUGAUGAUUGAUGAAGGUUAUGUAUAGGGGGACGGCUCCUUUGUUGCUGGAGAGUUUUAAGUAGUUUAGUUGUGGGUUGAAAAACUGAAUGGAUCGUGGCCUGCAGAGGAACAUUGUAGAAAUUGACUAUGAACUGUUGCUGUUCAAAUUUGUGAAAGUUGCGUCCAAAAUAUAAGCUGUGAAAUAUCAAUGUUUUCCAAUAAAAUAAAAACUAUACUCACA